GAUUUUUCUGGUUGGAAAAGAAACAAAACCACAUCAGUACAAAAUUAUAAUUCUGCUUUUAGGUUUGACUCAUUUAUUUAGAACAGCCUUAGUAAGCAUAUGUGGGUCUUCUUUUCUUUCUCAGUGACUUGGCCUUUGUGAUUUUUUUGUAAGAAAAAGUGGUGUUUCAUGAAGUACAUGAGCUGCCAUUGACUACUGUGUUCAUUGCUAAAUUUAGUGGCCUAUCCUUACACUGGCUACUUAUGGAAUUUAAUUUAUGAAACAGUAAUGAUUUCGCUGGGCAAUAUGUUUUCAGUGCAUCUUAGUCUGGAACUGUUUGCUGCUUAUUAAAAUUUGUAAUGAUUAAUUUUUACAUCUUUGGGAUAUUUUUAGACCCCUAAAAGGUUUAAUACUUGCCUUGAAAUGUAGAAAGGUUAUUCAUAAUAAAAGAAGGAAUAGGAAUCCAUCGACCAAGUACAUUCAGUUUCUGUUGGAUAGAUGAUAGGAUAAUAGCCCUUUGCUUUCCCUACAUUUCACCACCAUUUAUGGAAUAGAGUCUAUUUUCUCAGGUUCAAAUGCAACCAAGAUCAUCAGUUACUGAAAGUCUUUAUUGACUCCUCCUUGCCAUAUGUGAAAUGAGUUAAUAAUGGACAGGUGUUUAUUUCAUAAUUGCUUCUUGUUUAAUCACAUACUUGUCUCAUCAGAAGGACAAGACUGCCUAGCUUGGGCCAUCCCAAGCAUGUUUCCAAGGUGCUAUCACAGUGACAUCCAUAUAGCUUGAAGCAGGGUUGUGGCACGCUAGCAGGGCAGUGUAGCAAAGCCUCCUUGUCCUUCCUGGGUGUGAAACUCCAUGUUAAGAAAGAACUGUUUUUGUUUUUAAUUCAGCUUUAGCACAGGUUAGCUGUCUGUAAUAAAAUCAAUGCACCUAACAUUUGAAGAACCAGAAGCAAAUAGCGAAAGCUCCCUAAACGAUUUAGUUUUAUUUCUAAAAGUGAAUCUGUGAAUAGAAUAAAGAAUUAAAUGUAGUUUAACACCAUCCCCUUUUAAAGCAUUUUUUCCUAAACUGCAGUAUAAUGUUUACCUCGUUAACUUUUCAAUGAAUCUUCUGUGCAUCCAAAAAUAGCACUUUGAUUACUGGUAAAGUUGCAUUGUAGUUGUUAGCCUACACUUUUUAAACAUACGGGGCAGCAGUGUUGGAAAGCUGGAGUAUAGCUUAAGCUUCUGCACAAAUAGGCUCUUAACACUCUGCUUUCUCUUCUCAUUUUUCCUAUUUUAUCUUGUGCUGGCUGGAUGCUUAUCAGUAAAGUGUGUGUCUUUCCACACUUUGCCUAGUAACUAUAUCAAGCUAAAAUGUGCAUAAAUCUUAAUCUUUCAAUUUCUUUAUUGAAUCAAGCGUUUCAAAAUGUAUGAUGGAUUUUUCAAUAAUAUGGCCAUAUGGUGAUUGCUGUGUUAAACUCUUGUACCUCAUGUGUGCACACUUCGCACUACUUUUUUCCAUCUGAUAUUUUGAUCACUGAAAUUAUAUGUUUGAUGUGUGCUUAAUUUAAAAAAAAAAAUAACUGUUGUGUUCUUUCUGUUUAGCGAUCAACUGGAAAAAAUAAAAAAAAUGUGUAUUUGUGCAGCAGGUUAAAUGCUAAUGUAGAUGAAUCAAGAUUAGUGUAUUUAAUUGUCCAUGUUUUAAGAGUGUAUCUGGUUUGUUCUUGGUAAACUGACAAGUUUUAAAAAAAAGUUCCAAUGUUUUCUCGACUGACUAUACCCUAUCUCUGUCCUGUGUGUGUCUCCUUACCCUCUGCUGCCCUUAAAUGGAUGGGGCUGAUGGGAUCAACAAAUCUCACAUCAGGAGCUGGAUGAGCUUGCUGAUGAUCGCAUGGCACUAGUGUCCGGGAUCAGUUUAGAUCCUGAAGCAGCAAUUGGUGUAACAAAGCGCUUACCGCCCAAGUGGGUUGAUGGAGUGGAAGAAAUUCAGUAUGAUAUCACCAGGAUAAAACAGAAAAUGAAAGAAUUAGCCAGUCUUCACAACAAACAUUUGAACAGACCUACUUUGGAUGAUAGCAGUGAAGAAGAACAUGCAAUAGAAAUAACUACCCAGGAGAUCACACAGCUAUUUCACAGGUGUCAGAGAGCAGUCCAGGUCUUGCAAAGCAGGUCACGAAACUGUACAGAACAAGAAGAACGUGUUCUCAGGAAUGUAGUGUCUUCCUUAGCUCAGUCCCUUCAGGACCUAUCCACCAUCUUUAGGCACACACAGUCUGACUAUCUCAAACGUAUGAAAAAUCGGGAAGAAAGAUCCAAGCAUUUCUUUGACACUUCAGUCCCUCUCAUGGAUGAUGGCGAGGACAAUACUCUUUAUGAUCGGGGUUUUACAGAUGACCAGUUAGUAUUGGUGGAACGAAACACAUUAAUGGUGGAAGAACGGGAACGAGAAAUUCGACAGGUUGUACAGUCAAUUUCUGAUCUCAACGAAAUAUUUAGGGACCUUGGAGCAAUGAUAGUAGAACAGGGAACGGUUCUGGAUAGAAUUGACUACAAUGUUGAACAGUCAUGUGUGAAAACUGAGGAAGGUCUGAAACAGCUGCAUAAGGCCGAGCAAUAUCAAAAGAAGAAUCGGAAGAUGCUUGUCAUUUUAAUUUUGUUUGUUAUAGUAAUUGUCCUUAUUGUUGUUCUCAUUGGUGUAAAGUCCCACUAGGUAACACUUUUAUGACUUUAUUUUAGUGUGUAUGUGAUUUUUUUUUUUUUUUUCUUCCCCAUUGUGAAUGGAUGGACCUGCACUCCUGGAAGUUGCCUUUUGAAUGUAUAAGCCCUAGUGGUACAAAAUCUGUGCAAUGUUUCAGUAGAACUCUUUACGCAGUAUAUUAUUCUGUGAUAUGAGAGGCGUUUGUAAAACUUGAAUGGAAAAUGUCAGGGCCUACAGUAAUGCUACCAAAAUCAGUCAUCCAGUUCUCCAUCCAGCUGUAUUUGGAAUAUGCUGGAGCAUUUAAAAAAUGCGGAAAGUAAGAGAAGAGAUUUACAGGAACGUACAAUAAUUUGUAUUUUACUAAGUGCAAAAAAGUGUACUGUUCUCUGUAGUCCUGUGUGGCCAUUUUUUAGGUUUUUAAACAAUGACGGUUUUACGGGAUUUAGUACCAAAAACUAUGACUUUGAGAUAAAAUGCCUUAAGAUGCACAGUAUUCUAACCGUUUUGAUUCCACUUACUUUCCUCCAUAUUUUUAAAAAAUAAUUGGAUAGACUAAUAAAAAAUUAUCUUAAUUUAGAUAAUGCGUACAAGGAUCAGAGUAAUACUUAAAGUGUAAAUAACAGGACUUAAUCAUUGGUGUCUAUUAAUGUGUUUAGCUGAUUAAAGAACUUCUUAAGCCUGAGUAACGACAGGAAAACUGUUUCUCCUCAAAAGGAUCAUGUACAAUGUUUUUUCUUAUUGCAGUGUUUUGGUGUUAUUUUUAAGUUCAGCCAGUUGCACUGAAAUAAUGCUUGAGCUACAUCUGAAAUAGAAAGGAAUUCUUCCUGCCCUCCCUCCCCCCUUAUCUUCCUCUGUAUUUGGCAUGUCCAAGUAUCCUACAGUAGUGGAUGCUGGACUGUUUGAUUCCUUACAUGCAGGUAGCACUAAACAUUAAUUUACACUAUCCCCAGUAUUGCCCAGUAUCCUAUCUAUCCCCUUAACCUAAAUACAUAAAAAGGUUUAUUUACCUAUUGCUACAGUACCUAUAGCAGCCAUUGUUCCUAGCAGAAUUUUGAUAUAUAUCUUUUGUCCUCUUUUAGCCAGGCAUUAGGAAAGUUUUGGGUGCAGUGUUGGCCAUGAACCGAAGCCUGCUGCUGUAGGCAUGUGUCAGACCGCCGACGCACUUUGAGUUUGCCAUGUUUCUGCAGUGGUAGUUUGUUGUAGGCUAUGGAAGAGGAUGUAGAAAAAUUCUGAGCAGUGGAAUAUUCCAAAAUUUAAUAUGGUCAUGAAGUGUUAUGCAAUUUUAGGGUGCUUGCCUUAAUAUUUUUAAUUUGUUUCCUCUAGGGGGCUAUUGUUUGUAUUGUUACUUGCUGUUCUGACUUAUGCAGUGGUUUCCAUAUACUUACAGUGACACUGUACCCAAAGCCCCUAAAACCUAGGUUCAUAUGUCAUUUGAGUGUUAUGCAUGCUGGAUGGAAGUUCUCUAUACUUAAUCAUGUACUGAUCUCCCGGCUUGUAUCCUGUAAAUUCAUCAGACUCCUACUUUCAUUAGUAAUGAUGAGGACUUGGAUGGCAUAUGUAGAUCUUCUUUGAUUCACUCCAGGAACAGACUUGUUGGUUAAAAAAGAGUACAACGACAUAAUUAGGUUGUGGCUCCUUUUUAAAUCUUUUUACUUUACAGACUUUCCUUGGUCUGAAAAGAUCUUGAGGUAUUAAGAGUAGUUGGAGGGUCUGUACUUGCUGGGAUCCAUCAGUGUCAUUUUUGUCUCCCCUUGUUGUGUAUGACAGACUGCAUUCAUACUGAUGGCAAGAAUUGCUAAGAAAAGCAUGUUCUGUGUUCCCCUGACUAACGAGCUGUGAUUAACAUCACAGACAUAUAUUCUUUAUAAGAAUUGGCCACAGUAGUGUUUUAUUCAUGAAAAGCAGAAGAUAUAUUGGAGCACACCUAACAAUUGUCCCUACGGUAGGUUUUUCUUAAUGGUAGCACUUUAGCCAGCUUUUCUUUUGCACUGACUUUCAAGUCUUAUGAAUGGUUUCCCUGCUUUUGGAGAGUCCCUCAUUGUCCUUUAUGAAUCAAAUACAUAACAGUAGGGCAGUAAUAAUGAGGAGGCUGUUUUACGUUUUGUGACUGGCUUUUUGCAAGGAGACCCAUCUUGUAUGAAGUGUGCAGUGGGUAGAGUCCUGAACCAAUCACUUGCCUGUAUGUGGCACCAAAAUUGCCUAGAGUUACACAUUACACAAAUCUUCAGGAUAACUGCAGGCAAAAAUCCUUGAUUAUUAAAUUGUCCCAGCAUCCAAAUGCCUUGUACCUUGGCCUGAGUUCAAGCAUAGAGAAUGCUUGAUGUUGAGAGCGUGGCAGAUAUCCGAUACAGUUUAAUCUAAGUAACUUGUUGGGUGACCUGGUGGUUUGUUGAAUAGGUGCUGGAGCACAUGGAGCCUUUUAUCUCCAGGUGUGUAAAUUUUCUCAGAAUGAUUACCAGUAUUUAACUGAUUUCAUCUGAUGGAUGCUUCAUGGCCUGUGUGGAAUUAAUGGUGGUCCAGUUUCAUAUGUUGGUGCAUUUGGCAAGUCUUAGCAGACGGUCGAGUUGCAUUGGCCUUUGAGAGGUGGAGCAAUGUAGGAAUCCUUGUUUUGCUGCUAUUGCCACUGAACUUGUUUUCCGGCUGAAGAAUACUUUGGUCUCCAGGGAUUGCCAGUCCAAACCCUUCACUAAAAUUCACAUGACAUACUGUAAAAGGAAGAAUACCAUGUUCAGUCUUGUGGCUGGUGUGCAACUCCCCCUGCCUUUUUGAUGAUUGUGACUAAAACUACUGUGUCCUUAUUGCAUUACUGCUGUCUGCAUCGUAUGGUGUGAAGCAGCACAUGGCUAUAAUUGAAUAUGCUGUAUUUGCAACUUUCUCUCUAACAUGAGAUGAUGUUAUUUAUUUCUGUCUUGACCAGUGCUUUUGAUGAUUUAUCAUAGCUAAUGAAUUCAAAGAAGUAAUAAAACACUUCCAACUUAAUUGAUCAAUUACUAUUCAUUUUUCUUACAUAUUUAUAAUAAAACAAAUACUUACACAGAUGUCUGUUAAAGAAAAAGAAUUUUGUGUUUGUAUUUCAUCUUCCCUCUAAAUUUAGAUGAAAGCCAUAAAGACUAACAAGACUCUCUUUGCAAAGAAGUGCUUUAAUGCCCAAUCUCGUGCAACAAGAGCAGUGCCAUAAUGAGACAGAAUUAGAACAUUUUAAAGACACAGGCACACUUCAGUGCAUUUGAGAGUUUAAAGCCAGCUGCAUUGUCUCACAUGACAUUACUGGAUGAGCAAGAAAUUGUUAAAAAUAUUGGUUAUGGUGCUGAUGUGUUUAUGAGGGAAGGGUUCCUGGGUGUGGGAGGAUUUUAUUUCCUAAAUCUUUUCAGAUGUCUAAACUUCACUAUUUUAUUCUUGAUAUUUAUUAACAAGUGAACACCAGCACAGGCAGUCUAGCUGGUGAGCUGGAGCAGAUGGUGGUGUGCGUACCCAGAGGUAAUGAAUCAACACGGUCACGUUACCCCAGUGGCCAUGCCACUGUCCUGCUCUUAACCACCUCUCUGCAAGAUGCUGCAGUGGUAAUCAGUUAAAAAUAUUCCCUGGCAUGGGGGGGGUAUGUCCUCUAGCAUGACUUCUUCAUGUUGGAUCCCUCCCCUUCUCCAGUGGAACCUUUUCAUGUUUAGAAUCUGCCAUGGGAGAGGGUAUAGGAUUUGGCUGUUGAUGUGGAAAGCCAUUUAACAGAGAGACACCUGCAAGGGUCAGUAGAAUAAAAUUGUUAUAUAAAUGUUCUUUACAAAUCACGACUUUGCUUAUCUGUAAUGAAUACAUUGGUGGUCUGCAGACCUCUUAGCUUGUACUGAAGUUCUUCACUAAAAUACAAACCAUUUUACAAAAACAAAUGACCAAAUUACAUUGAAGUACCAGUGACGCUUGCCGGAAUGCGUUCUUUUGCUAUAUGUUCAAAAACUACCCAGUAUUAUAAGCUAAUGUCAGUAGGGUAUGAUGAGUUUGUAAGGCAGUCUCUACCAUGCUCAACUGAAGUAUUCACCCAUCUGGCAGGUCUUGGGACCUGAGGGACAGAAGAAUUUCUUAAACUGCAUUAAUUUAGGUUAUAAAGCACUGAACUAUUUAACCCCCUUGCUGUGUAUAUUCUGUUUUGAAGCUGUGGGGGGGUGUUCUCAUUUGCUUUUUUUACAAUCUUGUUUUUCACUACAGCCUUUUAUAGCACGCUACAAAAUGAGAUGCGACCUAAAAUUGGAAUUGUGAUUUUUUUUUUUUCCUAAAGAGAAUUUAGUUAAAUCUGUCUUCAACUAAAAAUUCAACUGCUGUUUCAUCCUCAAAGAGAAGUUCAUGCAAACUACUCCACAGGGUGCAUCUUUUAGUGCACAAGGCAUCUGAAUAGAUCUUGAUCAAUAUAGAACUUCAUGAGGUGGCUGUGGAAAGCUGCUGGGAUUGUGUGUGUAUUGUAAUCUAUUCAUUUGUAAUCAGAGCAAUUGCAGUGUUUGAGGGGGCGUGGGUCAAGAAAUCUGCCAUUAAACCUAAAUUAUAUUUUCAGGCCAAUUUCUGAACUCGACUGAAUGUAAUAUAUGUACAUUCCAGAGGGUUUGCAAACCUGAGAUCUCUUCUGUUUAUCCAUCACGGUGUCCUGGUUAGGCGAUCUUAAUAAAAUAUACAGACAAGCAAGAGUCACUGCUUUCAGGGACUGUUAGGAUCUUCUUUUUAAUGCUCAGCUGAUUGAUAUACAUGGAGAUAACUUAUUUCUUAUUUUGAAUAGUGGUUUUUCAAUGUUUUCCAUAUUCACAGAAAUAUUUUCUUGAUUGAAUGUCUCUAAAUAAUGUCUGUUCCCAGAUAGUUUGUCAAAACUUUGAUUUAUAAAAUAAACACCUUCUUAAAAUAA